AUGACGCCUCAGACGACCCUGAGCCUUAUUCUACUCCUGCUGCUCCUCAUCAGCGCGGAGGAGCUGCAUCAACCAGACUCUGUUCUGUUGGUCUCCCCCGGGGAGAAGGCCACUCUCAGAUGCGUCCACUCACACAGAUACGUCUACCUCUACUGGAUCAAGCAGACUGCAGGACACAAGCUCCAACAUGUGGCCUUCAAGCAGAAAUAUGCUAAACCAAAGAUGUGUGCUGAGUUUGAGGAGAGUUCUCGGUUUGAUGUGGAGGAUGUGAAUGGAGUGUUUUAUCUCAACAUCUCGGAUGUGCAGUCGUUAGACGCUUAUCUCUACUACUGUGUCCAAGUCUACACAGACCGCCUGGAGUUCGCUGGAGGCACUCAGCUGCUGUUGAAUGGAACAGACUCCUUGCAGGACAACAGGACCGCUCCUCAAGAGCCUCUCUCCUCCUCUGUGCCGCUGCCGGUGUUGGUCUCUGCUCUGGGGGUCAGUGUGGUGGUCAGUCUCAUCCUGAUGCUGUUACUCAUCAGAGCCACCAGGGGGACAAGGGCUGCAGAGGUGACGUCCAGCCCAGUGACCCAAGCAGAAGAGGACCCUGAGGCGGUGAACUACGUGGCCCUGGACUUCAGAGCACAGAAGCCAAGAGCUGCACAGCGGCAUAGCAACUCAGAGAGAAACACUUUAUACUCCCCACUCUCUCUCUCUCUCUCACACACACACACACACACACACACACACACACAGCGGCACAGCAACUCAGAGAGAAACACUUUAUACUCCCCACUCACUCACACACACACACACAGAGAGAGAGGCACAUUGAAUGAUGAACUGUGAGCUGCUCGUAUCGUCGCUCUAGCUGUCCAUCCACACUGUACCACUCCUGUACUCCAACAGCUCCACCGGCUCCCGGUUCAGUUCAGUUUCCUCCUGUGAACAAGGUCAAGGUCCUCCACAACCUCACCCCACACACCUGUGCAUGUUCCCACUCACCCCACACACCUGUGCAUGUUCCCACUCACCCCACACACCUGUGCAUGUUCCCACUCACCCCACACACCUGUGCGCCCUCCUCCAUGUUCCCGCUCCCUCCUGAUCUCUCAGAUCCUCUUCCUCUCUACACCUGUCUGUCCCCACCACCUGUCUCACCACCUGUCUCACCACCUGUCCCACCACCUGUCUCACCACCUGUCCCCCCACCACCUGUCUGUCCCCACCACCUGUCUCACCACCUGUCUCACCACCUGUCUCACCACCUGUCCCACCACCUGUCUCACCACCUGUCCCCCCACCACCUGUCUGUCCCCACCACCUGUCUCACCACCUGUCUGUCCCCACCACCUGUUUCACCACCAUGAGGAGCAUUCAGCCGCUCUGCUCCCCGUCUCUGGAACAUUGACUCCUUCCCCCUCUUCAAAUCACAACUCAAAUCACAGCUGUUUAAAACUGCCUAUUCCAUCUGACGCCAAUGGCUCUGUCACUUUUAUUGAUUUUAUUUUCAUUAUGAAUUUGUAAACAUAUCUGUCUG